CCCGGGCAUUCUGUCUAACUCCCAUCUCAUUCUCAUCUUCAUCUCGCUUUGCGUUGUUGUCCAGAGCUAUAUCCUCCACCACCACCACCACAACCGCACCAGAAGCCCAUACCGGCUCGUCGCCCCCCGCCUUUCCGUCUUUGCUCGCGGCAAGUUCCACAUGCACUAGUAGUACUACUACCCAGGAGUCUUUGUUUUGUUCCGGCUUUCAAAUCAGGGGCAACGACAGACAGAUCCGCGGCUUUCUCGAAUUGGUUUUAGCUGCGUCGAUCCUGCAGGUCCAUCAAAUCCGAAGGGAAGCCACCCAACCAGACAUCAAAUCACCUCAUCACAUCAAAUCAAAGGGGACCAAAAGGAUAUCUCUACCGCCCCGCCCCCGCCCCGCUCGUAUAAAAUUCCCCUUUCACACACCCGCUAUUAAUUCCUUGCUUCUUCCUCAACACCUACUGGUCUCUCCAUUGUAAUUUCUUGCGAUCCGUUCGAGCUCGAUCAAAGCAAGAAGCCACCCACACAUCAUCCUUAGCCGUAGCAGUGGUACUACUUGCUGCCGAGCGAUCAGCACAGCUACUACAUACAUUCAUAAUGUCGUCGUCCUCCUCCUCCUCGUCGGCUGUCUUCAACCUGGACCACCUCGCGCCGUCCCCCACCGAGCAGCUCUGCUACGUCCACUGCAACUGCUGCGACACCAUCCUUGCGGUCGGCGUGCCGUGCAGCAGCCUGUUCAAGACGGUGACGGUGAGGUGCGGCCACUGCGCCAACCUGCUCUCCGUCAACCUCCGCGCCCUCCUGCUCCCGCCCGCGGCGCCUCCAGCGAACCAGCUCCAGUUCGGCCACUCAUUGCUUUCCCCUACUUCCCCACAUGGCCUCUUGGACGAGGUUGCGUUCCAGACGCCGAGCCUUCUGAUGGACCAGGCGAGCACCAACCUGAGCGGCUUCACGGGCCGCAGCAACAGCAGCUGCGCCAGCAACCUGCCGGCGAUGCCGAUGCCUGCCGCAAAGCCUGCGCAGCAGGAAACCGAGCAGUCGGCCAAGAGCGCCCCAUCGGCGAACAGGCCUCCGGAGAAGCGUCAGAGAGUCCCAUCCGCGUACAACCGCUUCAUCAAGGAUGAGAUCCAGCGCAUCAAGGCCGGCAACCCGGACAUCACUCACCGCGAGGCCUUCAGCGCAGCCGCAAAGAAUUGGGCCCAUUUCCCGCACAUUCACUUCGGCCUAAUGCCGGAUCAGGGAUUCAAGAGGACCUUCAAGGCUCAGGAUGGCGCUGAAGAAAUGCUUCUCAAGGACGGUCUCUAUGCUGCGGCCGCGGCCGCGGCUGCCAACAUGAGCGUCACUCCACUUUAAUUACAUAGCUAAUGAGCAAGCCUCUCAAGCACUGCGGACGUUCGCAUCUAACUCUCUUGUGCGGCUCCAAUCUAGGGUUCCUUGUUAGAUAUCAUCAAUAUCGCGUGUGUGUUAGACUUAGUACUUUCAUUUCUGUCUAUUGGGGCCGGGAACGGAGAAUCGAGUUGAAUACCUAUGUUUCUCGGCUCUCAUGAUAUAGGUGUAGUAAGUUGUCUUCUAUGUUUCCAUUACUUCGUCUUUUCUAUGUUUACCUUCUCACUUGUAGAAAACUAGGAGUGUCUUAUGUUUUCAGCAUCUAGUGAUGUAUGUCUUUCUUCCCUUGCAUGCAUUUUCAUUCAAUGAAAAACAAUUCAUCUUUUCAUGGAA